UGUUCAUUGGCUGCAGUACUUAAUCAUCGCCCGCGGAAGUUUGUACAGAGACCAGAGACUCGUUGUACUGUCAGUUAUUAUUAAUAUUUUUUUCUUCCAUACUUAUGCUCGAUUUCUGUUCUGUCGCUCCGCGUGUAACAUAAACAACGAUAACGAAAGACAAAGAAGAAGAUAUUUUGUAAAAGGACAAAUUCGGCGAUGAUAACAAACGAACAACCAGCACAUGAGAGCUGUAUUAUGUAGCUCGAUAUUCGUUUUUCCUCAUAUUCUCACGGUCGUGAACUAGAUAAGUAGCGUCGAAAAGGAGCGAAAAGUCGGUAUAAUCUACAGUUUAGCAGCUGCAUUGCUUUGAAUCAUUAAUUUAGUUUCGUAAGUGUGUACUAUUGACAGGUGUCUCUUUUGUUGUGAUUAGCAUGCUAAGCUAACAGCAGCGCGAGCUGGUAAUAAUCAAUUUGAAUAUAGAUCAGCACCAUCUUCAAUAAGUCAUCUUUAUAGUGCCAUUUACUGCUAUCAUCACUCGGCGAAGACAACAGGUACAUCAUGUUGGGAGAUUGUGGUAUGAAAGAUUGGGAGAAACUGGCCAUCAGGAGGAACUCGGUCACUCUCUGUAAGGAGAUGGUGGUGGAUGAGCUGCUGGUUCAGUGUCUACAACGAGAUGAAGUUCUCACAGACAACAUGGCUGAAAGCAUUAUGGCUAAGCCGACAUCUCAGGGCAAGAGUAGUCAUCUGUUGUCUCUUUUGCCCAAACGUGGUCCUCGGGCAUUUAGCAGCUUUUGUGCAGCUCUUACUGAGACAGAGCAACAACACCUCAGUAACAUGCUCAUGGGAUACAUGGAAAAACAGAAAAGAUGUUCAGAGGCUUCCCUUGGUCUCCCAACCCCAGAAUGUGGGAUACAUGCAAAAAGAGCCCGACAUCAUGAGUCUAUGGAAAUGUGUCUGGACGCAGACUGUCCCGUGACCACAGCCGUUCUCCCGUGCACUCGCGACUUCUAUGAUUCCCACAGAUUACAGGCCUACCCGAUGUGCUCCAAGCCGCGAGGUUUGGCUUUGGUGCUGAGCAACGUGAGAUUUGACCCAGCAAGAACAGAUCUGGAUGUCCGCAGGGGAGGAGAGGUGGACGAGGAGCUUUUAAGGAGGCUUUUUUCUGAGCUGGACUUCACUGUCAGUCUGCACAAAGAUCUCACAGCAGAAGGAAUGCGCUUGUGCAUAGAGCAGUUCGCCCAGCGAGCGGAGCACUCGGCAUACGACUCCUGCGUCGUCUGCUUGCUGUCUCACGGUGUUGAAGGAUCCAUCUACGGCACUGAUGGAGAGCUGCUGAUGUUGGACUGGGUGUUCGAGGUCUUCGAUAACGCCCGCUGCCCUCAGCUCCAAAAUAAGCCAAAGAUGUUCUUCAUUCAGGCCUGUCGAGGAGAGGAGAUGGACAAUGGUGUGGACCAGCAGGAUGGUGGGGAGAGGACUCAGUCACCUGGAUGUGAACAGAGGGAUGCUGGAAGAGAGCAGGAGAGAAAUAAAGAGAGAGAAGAGAAGGACAGAGAGAGACUGAGAGUCAAACUGCCCCAGAGAUCCGAUAUGAUAUGCGGCUAUGCCACCCUCAAAGGUUUCAGCACCGCUGCAAUGAGAAACACCAAGAAAGGGUCCUGGUUCAUUCAGGAGCUGAACACAGCUAUCAGACAAAGAGCCAAUGACACACACAUGUCUGACAUACUCGUGCAGGUGAAUGGUCGGAUUAAAGACAGAGAGGGAUACGCGCCUGGUUCAGCUCAUCACCGCUGUAAAGAGAUGUCCGAGUUCACCAGCUCCCUUUGUAAAGACCUCUACCUCUUCCCCAAGUACUACCCCAACAACUAACAUGCACAGUCCAUAUGGACAAAUCACUUCUGCCUAUACAACUGAUUAUAAUGCAUUGGUGGGGAGCACAACGGCCACACUUGUACCCGCCACGUACAAACACAUAGUGAUGUCAGUCUAAUCAGAUUUCAUAUAUCAUUAAUUCCUCAGCACAAUGUUUAAGAGAACGCAUUGUUGUUUGGUGUAUAGGAUGCAUUCAGUAUAAUAAUGCAGACACACUUCAAAAUCUCAUUCCUUCACUUGUGCUCUCACUGUUUGUCUCUCAAUGAAAUUUAUGAGGAAAGAGAGAUGCCAAGUAUGUGAAACAAUAUCUUUUAUUUUUAAGAUGGGGGUUUUAAUGGAGUUUAUAAGAAAAAUGAAACCUUUUUAUUCCAAAUGUUUUAAUUCAUGCUUCAUAAGCCAAAAUAUUGCUUUUGCUUUUUUGCAAAGUUUGAUUUUAUCUGUUUUUUUUUUUCAUUUUCAUGUGUUUAGAGCCUUUACCGUUUAAAGCAAAUCCACAAAUAGCUUUAAGACACGAAAUAUUUCAUAAACAUACACAUGUGCAUUUAUGUGCCAGUACCUAAACUCUUAUAAAAGAUGUCAGUCAUUUGACUUGACCAGAUUGGUUGGCACAAAUAUAGCAGUUGCCUUUCUGUCUGAUGUCUUUAAUGCAGCUUUGACAUAACUUUAGUGUUUAGUUAUUCUGUAUGCAACACGGCAGCUGUAACCGGUUAAAUUUUUAUUAGGGCUCCUGGAUUUUAAAUGAAACUUUUUUUGUUUCUUAAUAUUUCAGAAAAUGAACGACCAAGCUAUGAAUUAUUAUAAUUUAAGUAAAUACAUGUAUGUUGCAUACUAACAUCCUGUAAUUUUUGUGCAAUUCCAAAAACUUCCAGAUUUGCAUUCCUACUGCAGUUUCCAUAUUUUUCUCCGUAGGAACUUCAUGCAGCUUACUCUCAAUAUGUAUAUAGUUAAAGAGUAUAUAUAGUGUAUAUGUUCAAACUUUUUGUAGUUAAGCCUUGUAUAUAUGCAGCAUUUUGUUUUUGCAUAUUUUCUCGCACUUUUUUUCACUUUAAACAUUCAGUGUGCCAAUGAAUACUUUUAAUGGAGACCUUGUCUUUAAAACACCUUUAGGUGGCAGUAGAGAGUUAAAUGAAUCUUUUACCAGUUGCCACAUAAAGGGUCAAAUAUUUAGACACACACAGACAGUCUUCCUGGUCUGCACACAUAUUAUUUCUCUCGGACAUGCAGAUGGUUUGUCCUCGGUGCAUGCGUCUUCCUUAUCCAGUUGGCAUUAGGUUUUAGAUCAAAGGUUAUAGCCUUUGACCUUUUGACACUGUUGUGGCAUCUCUUCAACUCUCUUCUACAUUUCACACAUAAUAUCACUCAACAUAAAAUAGUUUUUUUUACCAUUUUGGCAGCCCAAAUUGAUUUAUUUAGUUGAUGCUGAUGUUACUUAUUAAGCAAAUAUAGCUAUAAAGUGUGUUUGAUUUUGAUAUUAUAACUAAUAUUUUUUGGAAGAACAAUAUGGGCAUGAAUUGAAUGGUAUUCAGGACAACUAUUGAGUAUGAAAAUGAGGCAUAGAAGGUAUUUCUUAAAGUGUUUAAACAUGAUAAGAUGAAUUUUUAUUAAAUUUUAAAGGCAUAAAUGGGAAAAUAUGUAGACCAGAGAAAUGUAUAGUAUAAUUAUAGCACUACAGUAUUACUGUACUGUGUUUCUAUGAGCGGUAUUUGUUUACUGCUGCAAGUCUUUCCAAGUGCGAGCAUAUGAACACCAGCAUAUGUUCUCCAAACCAGUAGAGCAAAGCUAAAUUCAUGAAACUGUAUUUAUGGACUGUGUAUUUCUCAGGCUUUGUUCACAUGGGUUUGAAUACUGUAUGUGUUCUUCCAGUGAAGAGCUACAGUAUGUGAGUCCUAUAGGUUCUUCUUGUGGUAAUAAUUUGGAAAUAAGUUCCCCUCUGAAAGUGUUAAAAUGCACAAUGGGCAGAAAACAUGUUCAGCUAGACGGUAUACAGUGUGUUUGGUUUAGGGUCGCCCAUCCUAACCACCAAAAGAGUGCCUGUUUAAUGUGAUAUUAAAUGGAUUGAAUGGUCAUUCACUGCCUUUACAGUUAUUUGUACUACUAACCAGCUAUGAAGGUGCUUAUAUGGGUUAUAGAGAAACUGUCAUUUUUGUAUUUUUCUAAUGCAAAAGCUGCCAUACUGUAUAAUAAAACAAAUACUGUUUCAAAGAA